CUCUGUCUGUCCGACUCUUCUCCUCUGCAGAGUCUCUUCUCUUCUCCUCUCUCUCCACCUCAGUGCUAAAGACCUCCAGUGUGACCAUGUCUGUCAGAGCUGUGAAGACCACCACCCUCUCCACAGUGUCGUCCUCCAGGGGCCCCUCCCAAGGAUACAGCAGCCGCUCAUUCUCUGGCUAUGGGGGCCUUGGCGUAGGGAGUGCCAGGCAGAACUACGCCGUCCGCACCUCCUAUGGAGGAGUUGGAAGCAGUGGUGCUGCUGGGGGGUUUGGGCUGAGAGGGGGUGGAGGCGAUUUUGGCCAUGUAGGUUUUGGUGGUGGUAUGGGCAGUGAAAUGGGGGCCCCAAUCACUGCUGUGACUGUAAACAAGAGCCUUCUGGCUCCCCUUAAUCUGGAUUUCGACCCCACCAUCCAGGCCAUCCGUAUCCAGGAAAAGGAGCAGAUCAAGACCCUCAACAACCGAUUUGCUUCUUUCAUCGACAAGGUACGCUUCCUUGAACAACAAAAUAAAAUGCUUGAGACCAAGUGGAAGCUUCUGCAGGAGCAGACCACAUCUAAGUCAAACAUCGACUCUAUGUUUGAGGCGUACAUCGCCAACCUUCGGAAGCAACUGGACAACUUGGGUAAUGAAAAAUUUAAACUGGAAUCUGAACUGCACCAGACCACUGGCCAGGUGGAGGAUUACAAAAACAAGUAUGAGGAAGAGAUCAACAAACGCAACGAGUGUGAGAAUAACUUUGUACUGAUGAAGAAGGACACAGAUGCAGCCUACAUGGCCAAAGUGGAGCUGGAGGCAAAAUUGGACGGGCUUUCGGAUGAGAUUGAGUUCUUGAGACAGAUCUAUGAUGCAGAAAUUAAUGAAUUGCAAACUCAGAUCAAGGACAUAUCUGUUGUGGUGGAGAUGGACAACAGCCGUAAUCUUGACAUGGAUGCCAUUAUCGCUGAGGUGCGGGCGCAGUAUGAGGACAUCGCCAACAAGAGCAGAGCGGAGGCAGAAUCCUGGUACCAGAACAAGUAUGCAGAGAUGCAACACUCAGCUGGAAAAUACGAUAACGACCUGAAGUCCACCAGGGCUGAGAUUGCCGACAUGAACCGCAGAAUAAUGAGGCUUCAGUCUGAAAUUGACAUGGUCAAAGCACAGAGGACCAAUUUGGAAGCUCAGAUUGCUGAGGCUGAGGAGCGGGGCGAGCUGGCAGUGAAGGAUGCCAAGCUGCGGAUCCGAGAGCUAGAGGAAGCUCUCCAGAGAGCCAAACAGGACAUGGCCCUGCAGGUCCGCCAGUACCAGGAACUGAUGAAUGUGAAGCUGGCUCUCGACAUUGAAAUAGCAACGUAUAAAAAACUGCUGGAAGGAGAGGAGACCAGGUUAGCAACAGGAAUCAAGACCAAUGUCUCCAAGCAGACCUCCUUUAACUUUAACUCCUUCAACCUGGAGACUUCCCGUAUCCCGUCCUAUGUCAGCUCUUCCUUUGAUGCAAUCAAGUCAAGCAAUGGUUCAGUCUCUGCCCUCGAAGGCAGAGCUGUGAAGACCACAGUGACCACGACGGAAACAGUGGUGAGCAAGGCUGAGGAGAAGAAGGAGGAGGAGGAAAAUCAAGGAGCAGCAGAGGAACUCCCUGCUGCAGAGAAGGUGGAGGAGGAGAAGGUGGAGCCUGAAGCUGAGGCUGUAGCUGAAUAGUGAUGUGAUUUAUUUCCAGUUUUGAUCUAGGUGAUUUAAAAUAAAGCACAUCUUCCCAUCAUA